UUGUGUUUCGGGAUCGUUUUGUUCGGAGAUUACCAGCUUAUUAGUGAUUUAGAGACGUUUAGUACGCGAAAUAACUCCUUAUGUGAUUUAUUAGGGUGCAGGCGGACCCGACGAAUAAUAAAGUACCUGAGCACUUGCGAUUAAACCCGUUUCACAUUGGCCCUAUGCGGCAGCGAUAUAAAACUGAAUAAAGAUGAGUUUCUCGAGCGACGAAGUUAACUUUCUCGUAUAUAGGUACCUCCAGGAGUCCGGAUUCCAGCAUUCCGCCUAUACGUUCGGCAUUGAAUCUCACAUCUCUCAAUCCAACAUAAAUGGGGCGCUCGUCCCUCCCGCCGCUUUGCUUAGUAUCUUACAAAAGGGUCUGCAAUACACUGAAGCGGAAAUAAGCAUAGGAGAAGAUGGUACCGAGCAGAGACUAGUCGAAAGUCUUAGCCUUAUAGAUGCUGUCAUGCCCGACGUUGUCGCUAGCAGGCAGAACCAACAGAAUCAACAGAAACAGGCCAUCAAAAAUGAAGGUGCCGAGGCCAACGGGGAGGAAGUGGUAGCGUCUACUCAGAACGAGAACAUGGAGGUCGACACUUCCAUAGAAAUACCUCCUUCCAAGGCUACUGUUUUGCGAGGACACGAGUCCGAAGUGUUUAUCUGUGCAUGGAAUCCUACUACGGAUUUGUUAGCGAGCGGGUCUGGGGAUAGCACCGCCAGGAUUUGGGAUAUGUCUGAUAGUAGCGCGAGUCCUAACCAGUUGGUGUUGCGACACUGUAUCCAAAAAGGAGGCACCGAAGUGCCGAGUAACAAAGAUGUUACGUCAUUGGAUUGGAAUUGCGAUGGCAGUUUGCUGGCCACUGGUAGUUACGACGGUUACGCUCGCCUUUGGACCACUGACGGAAUGCUUAUGAGCACACUCGGUCAACAUAAGGGCCCCAUUUUCGCAUUGAAAUGGAACAAACGCGGGAAUUACAUAUUAUCCGCGGGAGUGGAUAAAACUACCAUAAUAUGGGACGCGGCCAGCGGUCAGUGCACCCAACAGUUUAGUUUUCACUCAGCCCCAGCUUUGGACGUUGACUGGCAAACCAACACCUCAUUCGCGUCCUGUUCGACAGAUCAAUGCAUCCACGUUUGCAAACUGUCAAUGGACAAGCCGAUAAAAUCAUUUCAGGGACACACAAACGAGGUAAACGCCAUCAAGUGGGACCCUCAGGGUAACCUUUUGGCUUCGUGUUCGGACGACAUGACGUUAAAAAUUUGGUCCAUGAAACACGACACGUGCGUUCAUGACUUACAGGCGCACAGCAAAGAAAUAUACACGAUAAAAUGGUCUCCGACGGGUCCCGGUACCCAGAACCCCAACAUGAAUCUGAUAUUAGCGUCCGCGAGUUUCGAUUCGACCGUGAGACUUUGGGACGUGGAAAGGGGCGCAUGUAUUCACACCUUAACGAAACACACGGAGCCGGUUUAUUCGGUAGCUUUUAGUCCCGACGGAAAGUUUUUGGCAAGCGGAAGUUUCGAUAAGUGCGUGCACAUUUGGUCCACGCAGUCCGGACAACUCGUCCAUAGCUAUAAAGGUACGGGGGGCAUUUUCGAAGUCUGCUGGAACUCGAGGGGUGACAAGGUCGGCGCCAGCGCUUCCGACGGCAGUGUAUUCGUCCUGGACUUGCGAAAGUUGUAAUAGAUUGUUUCUUUUUUUUUUUAAUGAUUAGAUUAGAUAUAUAAAUAUGACGCUGGUAAUAUAAAAAAGA